CGCGAUCUUCAGAGUUGUUUUCUUUGGAAUGUUUCUGUCUGAGGUGCUAGGAACUAAGAAGCUGGGGAAUAACGCAACAUCUCAGCUGAAAAAAUGCCCAGAGAGUCAAUGCCUGACUGAAGCCAUUGCUUGUCUUUCUGGAAGCAAACUUAAGGGAGAUGGAAAUUCAGGCAAUAACGACAGAUUGAAAGCUUUGGAAGACGAGGUCGACAAACUGAAAGGUUUACUCCAGAAGGCGGGAAAACCCAACAGCUUCGCCUUACUCGACAGCACCGGCCAUCUGCCUCAGAAUCUCCUCGCGGCUGGUUACGACAAGUACUCAAUGUACGACUUGGGGUGGCAGGCUCUACAUAUGGCGGCUGCCGCUGCCUGCAGGGGUAGCACAAGCUCAGGAGGAAGUGGCUGCUGUGAAAAUGUUGUUCUCGUACGAAACACGGCUGACAAGAACACCUGCACUCAGAUCUGUGGCCGGACUUUGUUUAAAAAUUGUGAUGCAGAGGUGUCCAUUCAUGGAAAAACAGGAAAAGCCACUAAGGCCGGUGAAAUGAUUGGGGCUUUCUACAAUUAUCGCUGUAAUCAAGCAGCUAACGGAGGGAGUGAAGUUUCAGGCUCUCCUGCUGAUAUCAAUCGCUUUCCUAAGGGUUACCCCUACUACAGCUUUUGCUGUUGCAGAAAGUAGGAAAGUAGCUGUAAAUCAGUAAAAAACAAACGUCUUUCCUCUAAGAUUUUAGUUUCUCUCUGAAAAGUCAUGAGUCUUAGCUUGCGAAAUGCAUUUGUCGUAUUUUCAAUAAAAAGACGUUUAGCAGUUUUGCUUUUAA